AUCGUUGGGUUUUCAUGGGCCUCGAAGAACGAUUUUGAUUUUCUCAUCCUAAUACCCUCAUAGCUAAGCUGAUGCUUUUGUCGAUGUUGAUUUCUGUAUGGCUAUAAUGCCAGCGCAUACUACUCGUAUGUGAAGUGACCUUCUCCAUACUCCAUAGUACAGUAAAUGUGUGGGGUUACCGGUACCUCUAAUCAAUCGCGUCUACUCCGUAAAUGGAUCUGGAAUCUUCAUUCAUCCUUCCAAAGUCGUCAUUGCCACGACUCUCCGGUCUCCGCUACGGUCUGCUCUCAACAACCCCUUCACUUUCUGUGCCCACUGCUCGAGAACGAUGAUGCAGAGCGCAUCUCACAAUCAUGGCCGACGCGUUCCCGUAUAAUAGUCAACUAGACGCUUUCGAACUCUACCACCAGGUUCAGGAGGAUGUCAAGCAAAGUCAAACCUCGUCGCAUGGUGGCAAUAUCCUCGAAGCCCUAGGUCAUGCCAUUGCCGGAUCUGCAGGCGCCUCUAUCUCCAACGCCGCCCUCUACCCUAUCGACCUGAUCAUUACUCGGCUACAGAUCCAGCGCCAACUUCGAAAGAAUCAGUCCAAGCCCAGCGAAGACGAGUACACAAGUUUUACCGAUGCCGUUGAGAAGAUCUACAAGAGAGAAGGCGGUAUCCCUGCAUUAUUUACCGGGCUCUUACAGGACACCGGCAAGACGAUAGCCGAUUCCUUCAUAUUCUUCCUUUUAUACAGUUACUUCCGAAACAGGAGGCUGGCUGUACAUGGUAAAAAGUCACUUCCUGCCCUAGAAGAGCUGGGCGUUGGCUUCGUCGCUGGGAGUCUGACCAAGUUGGCCACAACGCCAAUUUCCAACAUUGUCACAAGAAAACAAGCUGCAGCGCUGUACGCUGCUAAAGACCCGAACAAUGAACAAUACCAAACACCGAGUGCCCGGCAGAUCGCGCAAGACAUCAUGUCUGAGAAGGGCGUGGCCGGAUUUUGGUCAGGCUACUCUGCGUCACUUGUCCUGACGCUCAACCCUUCAAUCACUUUCUUCCUCUUUGAGACCCUCAAGAAAGUUACUCUCCCGCGACAUCGGCGGGACAACCCGCCUGCCUCAUUGACCUUCCUGCUGUCGGCGUUCAGCAAGGCGUGCGCAAGCUCGGUGACGUAUCCAUUCAGCUUGGCCAAGACUCGUCUUCAAGCUGGUGCGAAACGCGGAGAAAGUGACGAGAACAAGGUUGUCGGCGAGGAUCUUGAGAGCGAACAGGCCCGUAAAGCGGCGCGGACUACGAUAUUCAGCACCGUCCUUACCAUCGCCCAGACCGAGGGGAUUUCUGCGCUAUAUGAAGGCUUGUACGUCGAGGUCAUCCGGGCGUUCUUUAGCCACGGCAUCACUAUGCUUGUCAAGCAGGCGAUACAGCGAUUCCUGGUGAGAGCGUACUAUGUCACGUCGAUCGUUAUUGCGCGGUAUAAGCGGAAGACGAGCUCGAGGAGGCUUGCGCAAAGGGCCAAGGCUAGUGUCGAGUAUUAUAACCUUGCCAUGGCUCGGGCGAGUGAGAAGAUCGAAGAAGCCGGUCAUGCUAUCCAGCAGCGAGCGAAUGAGACGGCCGAGUUUGUGGGUGAGUAUGUCGAGGAGGAGGGGAAACAGUGGCGAGACUUGUAUGAUACGACUGGACUUGCGCAUUGGCUUGAUAAGGGGCGCGACUCAUGAUUUAUGUUGGUUUAUGGGUAACAGAACGGCGCAUUGCGAAGGCUGGUAAAACGAGUCACUGGGUUGA